AUGAUACAGGAUGGUGGUAAGAGUUCUGUAUUGGUACAGGGUGGUGGUAAGGGUUCUUUAUUGAUUAUACAGGAUAGUGGUAAGGGUUCUGUAUUGAUACAGGAUGGUGGUAAGUGUUCUGUAUUGAUACAGGCUGGUGGUAAGGGUCCUCCAUUGAUGAUACAGGAUGGUGGUAAGGGUUGUGUAUUGAUACAGGAUGGUGGUAAGGGUCCUCUAUUGAUGAUACAGGCUGGUGGUAAGGUUCUUCUAUUGAUACAGAAUGGUGGUAAGGGUCCUCUGUUGAUGAUACAGGCUGGUGGUAAGGUUCUUCUAUUGAUACAGAAUGGUGGUAAGGGUCCUAUUGAUAAUAAGGCUGGUGGUAAGGGUUCUGUAUUGAUGAUACAGGGUGGUGGUAAGGGUUUUCUAUUGAUGAUACAGGAUGCUGGUAAGGGUUCUGUAUUGAUAACGGCUGGUGGUAAGGGCUCUGUAUUGAUGAUACAGGCAUGUGGUAAGGGUUAUCGAUACAGACUGGUGGUAAGGGUACUCUUUUGA